CUCCCUUGCAUUAUCUUCUCCUCUCAUCCAUCCCCCGCCGAGCCCGACAGACAGCGCAGGCACCCUUCUCCUCCUCUUCUCUAGCAACUCCUCCGCCUCGCCGAACACACUCCUCUCCUCCUCCCGCCGGAGAUGGCGACGCUGAGGUGCACCACCACCGCCCACCACUCCCUCCUCGGCUCGCCGACCUGCGUCGGGCGCCCUCGCCGGAGGUGCCCCGCGGUGGUGCGCGCCGCCGUCGCCGUCCAGGCCGAGGCGCAGCCCAAGGUCUCCCUCAUCCGGAUUGGCACGCGCGGGAGUCCUCUUGCACUUGCACAAGCUCAUGAAACUAGGGAGAAACUGAAAGCUGCACACACAGAGUUAGCUGAAGAUGGUGCUGUUGAGAUUAUCAUCAUAAAGACCACAGGAGACAUGAUCUUGGACAAACCCCUGGCAGAUAUAGGAGGCAAGGGUUUAUUCACCAAGGAGAUAGACGAUGCACUCUUGCAGGGAAGGAUUGACAUUGCUGUUCACUCGAUGAAAGAUGUCCCAACAUAUCUACCAGAAGGCACGAUAUUGCCCUGUAACCUCCCACGAGAAGAUGUGAGAGAUGCAUUCAUAUGCUUGAAUGCAAAGACUCUUGCGGAGCUUCCUGCUGGCAGUGUUGUUGGGAGUGCUUCCCUUCGGAGGCAAUCUCAGAUUCUUUAUAAAUAUCCAUCUCUAAAAGUUGUUAACUUUAGAGGAAAUGUUCAGACACGGUUAAGGAAACUCAAAGAAGGAGAUGUCCAUGCUACGUUGUUGGCACUGGCUGGACUAAAACGGUUGAACAUGGCGGAAACUGCAACAUCUGUAUUAUCAGUGGAUGAGAUGCUACCAGCAGUUGCUCAAGGUGCUAUCGGAAUAGCUUGCAGGACCAACGAUGACAAAAUGAUGGAUUAUCUAUCCUCUUUGAAUCAUGAAGAUACCCGAUUAGCUGUUGCAUGUGAAAGAGAAUUCUUGUCGGUUCUUGAUGGUAACUGCCGAACUCCAAUUGCGGCAUAUGCUUACCGUGAUAAGGAUGGCAAUUGCUCAUUCCGGGGGCUAUUGGCCUCACCAGAUGGAUCUAUAGUAUAUGAGACAUCAAGAAGUGGAACAUAUACUUUUGAUGACAUGGUUGCGCUUGGCCAAGAUGCCGGCUAUGAACUGAAAUCAAAGGCUGGGCCUGGUUUCUUUGAUGGCUUGCAAUAAAAAAUAUCCACCACCGCCUGAAUAGUGUUAAUUUAUUUUUUAUCUUAUUCUCAUAGUUACGAUAGAAGUUUGUACCACGUAUUGAGCUGUCCCAUUCAAAUAUGUAUCUCUGUUUUUGUUAGCACUGCGGGUUAGAAUUUAGAAUGCGGUUCAGCGGUUUGGUAUCCUUCAAUUCAUCAAAUUCUGGAAGAGGCUUCUGCGCGGUCACGUUGUGUUGUUGUAACAUUGUAAUCUGACGUAAUAUUGCUGUUUUCCAAGAAAUAGUUGGUUAAUAAUUUUCUGUUUGCCAAGGUUAUUAUCCUGUAAACUGGUCCUUUCACGAGUCCAGCGAAAUCUACAAUAAGGCAACCAAUUGAACUUGUUUA